AUGUCUUCCUCUCUUGAACAGCUCAAGGCCAGCGGCACUGUCGUGGUCUGCGACUCUGGUGACUUUGCCACUAUCGGCAAGUACAAGCCCCAGGAUGCCACCACCAACCCCUCCUUAAUCUUGGCCGCCUCCAAGAAGUCCGAGUACGCCGCCCUGAUCGACUCGGCCGUUGCCUACGGUAAGCAGAAGGGCAGCACCGUCGACGAGCAGGUCGAGGCCACCCUGGACCGUCUCCUGGUCGAGUUCGGCAAGGAGAUCCUCAAGAUCAUCCCCGGCAAGGUUUCCACUGAGGUCGACGCCAAGCUGUCCUUCGACACCCAGGCCUCCGUGGACAAGGCUCUGCAUAUCAUCAAGCUCUACGAGGAGAACGGAAUUUCCAAGGACCGCGUUCUGAUCAAGAUCGCCUCCACCUACGAGGGCAUUAAGGCCGCCCACAUCCUCCAGUCGAAGCACGGCAUCAACUGCAACCUGACACUGAUGUUCUCUCUGGUGCAAGCCAUCGCCGCCGCUGAGGCCGGUGCCUUCUUGAUCUCCCCCUUCGUGGGCCGCAUCCUGGACUGGUUCAAGGCCGCCCACAAGCGCGACUACACUGCCCAGGAGGACCCCGGUGUCAAGUCGGUGCAGGAAAUCUUCAACUACUACAAGAAGCAUGGCUACAACACCAUCGUCAUGGGUGCCUCGUUCCGCAACACGGGUGAAAUCACCGAGCUGGCUGGAUGUGACUACCUGACUAUCUCGCCCAACCUGCUGGAGGACCUGUACAACUCGACCGCCCCGGUCCCCAAGAAGUUGGACGCGGCCGAUACCGCCAAGCUGAAUAUCCCCAAGCGCGCCUACCUCAACGAGGAGGCUUCGUUCCGCUUCGACUUCAACGAGGAGGCCAUGGCUGUUGAGAAGCUGCGUGAGGGUAUCUCCAAGUUCGCGGCUGACGCUGUUACCCUGAAGGAGCUGCUGAAGCAAAAGGUGCAGGCGUAG